CUCUUACUUUGCAAGAAAAAGAUAUUGAAAUCGUAUCAGAAAAAAAAAAAAAAAAAACGAAAAAGAUAUUGAAUAAAUUCACUCGUUCUUCAAAGAACAAUCGACUUCACGAUACAGCUGUAUUUCUCUUCAUUUUCUUCGUUUCUGUUUUCUUAGAAUCAAAAACCAACCAAAAUCAUUUCAAUACGAAAAGUUACAAUUGAACUGUUACUCAACUUGACUGGAAUCCUAUCAAACAAUGUCAUUGCUGUAUUCUUUCAAUUGCUGAGUUUUUAAUUUACUUAACAAUGGCCGCUGUUAGGUUUUCACGUGUAAGAUACCUACAUAGUUCAAUCAAGGGUUCUUUGAAUAUUCAAAAUGUUCAAAAUUAUCAUUAUCACCCUAAUGUGGCUUUCAAUCUUGCAAGAAUUUCUAGUUUUUCUAUAGAUUUGUCGAACCGUCGUUAUUCGAAAGGAGAGUUACAGUCACCUAAGUUGUUUGCUCAGAAUCAGUUUAGUACCAGAAAUGUCAAUGGUGCAUUUGAUUCUAGAAUUAGAUUUUCUAGGUUAUGUCAUCAGAGAAGUGCUGUUUCUUUAGGUUCGAUGACACAUGUGUUGAGUUCCCGGAUGUAUUCGUCGUCUUUGGGUGGUAAAGGAAGUAGGGAUGGUGAUACUGAAGUGGCUGCUGGGUCUGGUGUGAGUGAUGUGAGUGGUGGUGGCGAUUCGGUUGUUUCGGGUGAUUUGGUUGAGAAGAUGAAAGAUACAUGGAAGAGUGUUGUAGAGGUAGCUUCAUAUGCUGGGGAAAAAGUUAAAGAAGCUUCUGAUGAUCUUACUCCAUAUGCUCAACAGUUGCUUGAUUCACAUCCUUAUCUUAACAUGGUGGUUAUUCCGGUUGGGGGCACUUUAACUGCUACUCUUGUAGGUUGGUUCAUCUUGCCUAGAAUUUUAAGGAAAUUUCAUAAAUAUGCAAUGCAAGGACCCGUUUCUCUAUUUCCGGGAAGCUUGUCUUGGGGGGAGCCGGUUCCUUAUGAGAAAAGCUUUUGGGGUGCUAUGGAAGAUCCAGUGCGAUAUUUAGUUACCUUCUUGGCAUUCUCACAAAUUGCUGUAAUGGUAGCUCCAACAGCUAUAGCUUCGCAAUAUCUUGCACCUACUUGGAGAGGUGCAGUGAUACUUUCAUUUGUGUGGUUUUUGCAUAGAUGGAAAACAAAUGUUUUUGCGCGGACAUUGUCGAGUCAAAGUUUACUUGGACUUGAUAGGGAGAAAGUGCUUGCUCUAGACAAAAUAUCUUCUAUUGGUCUAUUUGUGAUUGGUAUAAUGGCGAUGGCUGAGGCUUGUGGUGUGGCUGUGCAAUCUAUUGUAACUGUUGGUGGCAUAGGAGGAGUUGCUACUGCUUUUGCUGCCAGAGAUGUACUUGGCAAUGUGUUCAGCGGUUUAUCUAUGCAGUUUUCAAAGCCCUUUUCAAUUGGAGAUACAAUAAAAGCUGGAACGAUAGAGGGCCAAGUGCUGGAAAUUGGUCUUACUAGCACAUCGUUGCUGAGUCCUGAGAAGUUCCCAGUCAUUGUGCCGAACUCAUUUUUUUCUAGCCAGGUAAUUGUGAACAAGUCCCGUGCCGAUUACCGUGCCAUUAUUACCAAAAUUCCUCUGCAAAUUGAGGACAUAAGUAAGAUUCCCCAGAUAUCGGAUGAUGUAAAAAGCAUGUUAAAAUCAAAUGCAAAAGUUUUCUUAGGAAAAGAUGUUCCCUACUGUUUCUUGUCACGUAUAGAAAGUUCAUAUGCAGAACUGACACUUGGAUACAACCUCAAGCACAUGCGCAAAGAUGAGUUCUACUCUGCAGAACAAGAUAUUCUCCUGCAAGCAGUUCAGAUCAUUAAAAAUCAUGGUGUUGCUCUUGGCAGCACAUGGAAUGACAUGCCUUCUAAGUAACAUACUCAACAGAGUGACAAUUUUCGGAGGCUUGAUUUCAAGACGUGAUAAGCUUUAGUUUUUCACAUGUACAAAGUCUGCAGCUAUGCUAAGUAGCCAUCUUUUGCAGCCAAAGAGAUUUUCUAAAAUUAGUUGGAUCUGUGUAGUCAGCACAUUGGGCUUCAAAAUUUUAACUUCGAUUUACUAAAUGAUAUAAAAAGUUUUACAUUUA